AACAGCAUAGCACGCAGGUAUAGUGAAUGGGGAUGGGGCAGGAGAUGGAAAGGGAGAAACGAAAAACCCAAAAGAAGGGCAGAGGCUGUGGUCGCUAUUGGUGCCCAGAGAUCCGGAUUGUCUCACCUGUCUUCUAGGCCACCCUAACCUCCCCUCCCCUUCCCUAUCGCUAAACUUCAAUCCAGCGGAAGACAAAGAGAUUGAAUAAACGGGCGACAACAGAGCUAAUCUCGAUUAGGGUCUGUUCAUGCGGCGCCCCCGCUACAGGACGAUCGGCAUGUAUAAAUAGGGGAGGUAAGCGUGUCUCUCUCGCUUUAGUCAAAGCAGACGCACACGGCGGCUGUGGGCGGACAGAGGGAGCGGAGAAAAACUCUCAAAUAUUUUCCUGGCGCUGGUGUUUUGUUAGGUAAUUGCUGACACUUGCCUGCCAGCUUCCUCUUCUGCCGCCUUUUCACGCUUCGGACGAGAGUGCUCGCCCUUACGCUUGGAGUUGUCAUUUGCGGUCGACUCGUCAUUUCCACAGAAGUUUAACAUCGUAAGACAAGAGCAGCAACAAGCAGACAACAUGGUGGUGAUCGCUACCCUUCUCCUGCUCUUGUGCCUCAACAUCAACCAGGCAACAGCGGCGUCAGCAACCCGGUUCCCUGACAUCAAGAGCAGCACCACUCCCUCUCCCACCAAGUCUGCCAGCACGGGGACCACUGCGUCCUGCCAAGCCGCCCUCCGCGAGUGCGCCCUCUUCAGCGUGGAUGAGGCUUCGCUGGACAACGUUUACCAGCAGGCCUUCUCCGCCAUGCUGCAGAAGCAGCGUCUGGAGUACCAGCACAAUCUCGUGAAGGCUCGCGACUUUCUCAUCAACCUCAUGAACCUCUUCAUUCUCAACCCUGACCUCCCACCUGAUUCCAGGUCUUGCCAAGGCGCCGACUCCACUCCGGUUACCAUCCUCAACGAUCCAACGGCAACGCUACCGAAAGUGGACAGCGUACCCGACAUUACCGUUCGUAAGCUGGAGCAGUGUGUGGUCAACGAGUGGUCAUCGUGGUCGAACCCCUUCGCCUUUGGGGUUAUCGAACGUCGUCGUACAGUGGUGCAGAAGGGAGUGUGCUGUCCUGAUGACCUGGUCCAGCAGGUCAACGUCUCCGCCUACAUCGGUUCUACCGACACUGUGUUCCAGAACAAAGAUAACGUAGGAGAGUAUUUCCACAACGACUUCCUGAACAAACAGCCUCGUGAUAUUCUCCUUAUCAUUGACACUUCUAGCAGCAUAUUCUCCGAAGACUUUGAGUUCAUGAAGCAGGGAAUCAACUCCAUGAUCGAUCUGUUCUGCGGCGGCUUUGGUUCUGGUGCCAAGCAGAACCGCCUGGCCAUCAUGCAGUUUUCAGACCGGCCACUCAUCGUGCAUUAUUUCAACGACUCUCAGGCACCGGCGGAUCUCAGGAAGAAGGUGCAAUCUAUGGAAGACUUCGGUGGCCGCACUUGCACUGGCGAUGCGCUGGAAGAGGCCUACGACCAGAUCUUCAGACUAGAUAGAGGUGUGCGCGCUGACACACCGAACGACACCUUGUUGGUAACGGACGGCCACGCCAACUGCGGUGCCAACCUCCUGGAGGCCGCCCAGCGCCUGCAGAAACGAUCAAAGUCGGUCUACGCCCUCGGCAUCGGCAUCGCUAAGGAUGCAGCCGCACGUUCACAGGUGACGUCAGUCGUCAGCAACGAAGACCCACACCACAUCUUUGCGUUGGAGCGCUAUGUGGAGUUUAAGGACAUGAUCUCCUUCAUUAGGGACAAGCAACAGGGAAAACCAUGUGUGCCUAUAGUCAGCGAGCAGAUCUAAGGAUCGGGUACUAAAAUUAAACAAUUUACAAAAAGUGUUUUAGGUACAUCUGGUUCUUUUAUAAAAUUUGGUUUCAUAAACAGUGCUUCUUUAUUAUGUUCUUUAACUUUUUAAAAGGGAACUGUAUCUAUUGACCAGAGCAAAAGAUCAAUGUUUCAAAGGUCAUGGCCCAAUGGCACACUACCCACCCUGCACUGAUGGGUAUACGCAUAUCGGCUGAUGGAAGCGAAGGAUUAUGCUGUUCUUUCGCUGCCUCCGCCAUUAGAAGACAGGCUUGCUUACAAGACUAUAAAAAUGUCAUUGUCAUUAAAAUAGCACUUUUUGUUAUUCAUAUCACUGUUACUGGAAACAAUAUGGAUGAAAGCAGACUCCUACACUGUUACCUGGUAAUGGCUGCAAUUCUGGGGGAUGUGUAAACGACAGAUUUGUAUAUGAUGAGCUCCUCUGGUGAUGACAAAGGGAGAUAAUUUUCAAAAUGUCCAAAUGAUGAGAUUUGCUAUAUUAGUUACUGAUUAGUUCAGAAAAGCAACAUUUCACAAGUGGUGCAUAAAUCUGGCAUGUGCCAAAAAGAAAUAAAAUUUGGACAAUAUUUCGUUUCAAAAACUUUUCUAUUUGGUGGGUGGUUGACUGUUAGCACUAAAAAUGUUCUAGCAUAUAAUGCUACACUUCAGUUUUCUUUUCAGACGAAAAGAAAGAAAUAUAUAGAGAGAGAAGAGAUUAUGAAGAAAAGUAGGGAAAGGAAAAAAAGGAGAGAAAACAGGAAAAUUGAUAAAAAAUAAUCCUUUCUGUACUGCAAAGUGUUAAGGUAUUAGAUGGACCACUGUAAUGCAUAUGCACUGUGCUUUGGCAGAGACACUUUGCAAAGUUCAUGACCAUUCAAUGUGACUGAUGCAAUGUUAAGCACAACAGAUUCCUCUAAUAAAAUCAUCU